AGAGACUUCCGGCUACUACCAGAAGUCAGUCACAACGCAGGGUAGAAGGGAGGCACCGAUAGGAAAUCCCACCCUCUCACGUGUAGCGGAGACGGUGGCUGGGAGGAGUCACACCAUAAGAGCCGGGUAUUCGCUUCCAAGCAGAAGUAAAAAUGACAGCACCUUCCAUGAAAGAAAGGCAAGUUUGCUGGGGAGCUCGGGAUGACUAUUGGAAAUGCUUGGAUGAAAAUAUUGAUGAUGCCUCUAAGUGUAAAAAGUUAAGAACUAUUUUUGAAUCAAGCUGUCCCCAACAGUGGAUUAAAUAUUUUGAUAAAAGAAGAGAUUAUUUAAAGUUCAAAGAAAAGUUUGAAGCAGGACAAUUUGAGCCUUCAGAAAGAACAGCAACAUCAUAGCUUUUUGUAAAAGAGAAAUUUUUUUUUUUUUACAAAUACUGGAACUAUUCUUUGUGGACGUCAGUAAAUAUUCCUUUGAAUACCAGAUUGCCAGAAUUGGUGGAAUUUGACAGAUUGGCCUCAUUGUCGGCACGACCCUUCUGUUCUUAAUAGUACUGGAAAUGAUCAAAGAAGCCAACAAUUAGAAUAUUUCAUUCAGGGAACAACUUGAAUAAAGUGGUAUGGAACACUUAAAUUUAUACAGUUGAAGUGGGUUUUGUUGUAAUUUUCAUAACACAAAGUAAAUGUAGAAGUGAUUUUCUUUUUUAGAAGACCUACAUUUGAAGUUUGGGAAUGAUUCUUUUAAGUGUUUAUAUAUCUCCUCAGAAUUUUAAAUGAAUAAAAAAUCUUGAAAUUAAACACUGUAAGAUAAUGUAAAAUUUCAAGGGCACCAAGUUUAGAGUCAAACUUGAGGGUUCUGCUAUGUGUGAUGGUUAAUAAAUAGUUAAUUUGCAAAUAAUGUUGUCUCUUGAUAAAACAGAAAUCAAGAGGUCAUAACCUGGGGACAUACUGCUUUAUUUAUAAUCAUGAUUGCCAUGUUUCUGCAUUUGUAAAAACAGAUGUUUGAUCACUGUAAUAAUAAACUAAAGGGAAAAAGAUAACAAA